CUAAUGUGAAUCCCUCUGACAUUACAGAUCUGCACCCAGCUAUCUGCACAGCAGACAGACAAAUGCUUUGACUGGGACAUCAGCCAUGAAUAUGGAGGCACAGUUGUCAAUGAACUCUAGUAUGAUUGGCAUACCAGGCCCCGCCCCCUCUGGCUCAUGCUCCUCCCUUCAGAGGUCAAAGGUCAUGCCAGCCCACAGCCAACCUGCGGUUUCCAAUGGCAGUCAGAAUCCUCUUUGCCACAUGAUGGAGAUGAUGUCGUCACAGCAGCACCCAUUGUCACAUUUACAAUCCGCAUCUCAUCAUCACGCAUACCAGCAGCACUGCCACAGCCAAUCACCGCAAAGACUCGCACAUCAACAUCAAAGCCAAGACCAAUCACAUCACAGCCACGCUCACCAUUCUCCACCUGCUCAUUUGCAUCCUGGCCCCACCCACCAGACCACCCCUCCCCUUUCACAUCAGCCGAUACCAACACAGAUGUCGUCCACACCAAAACAGACCCCCUGCCCACAAUCUCCUCCACUGCCAUCCAUGGCCAGACGCCGGCGGACAGCAGAGGAAGACCCAGAUGAGCGCAGACAGAAGUUUCUGGAGAGAAACAGAGCUGCCGCCACGCGGUGCAGACAGAAGAGAAAGGUCUGGGUGAUGUCGCUGGAGAGGAAGGCAGAGGAAAUUACACACACAAACUUACAGCUGCAGAAUGAGGUGACAUCACUCAGGACAGAAGUCACUCAACUGAAGCAAAUUCUUCUUGCACAUAAAGACUGUCCUGUCUCUGUGAGACAGAGAGAAACACAGAGUGGAGUAGGUAGUCCAACAGGAAGUCCUGUCCAGCAACAUGCCAUCCAACACAACAGCAUCUCAACAUCAAAUUCGACUUUACCACACACUCACCUCCCCCCACACUCACACCACACUAACAACUCACAACUAUAACAUGCUUCUACAUGGACAGAAACUGAUGAGAACACAAAAUACGACCCUUCUUUAGAGCCAUAUGGUCAGGGCACCUAUGACCAAGCAGGUACCCAUCAGUGCAAAAGCAAAACUGAACAGCAAAAUGUUUUAAACUUGGAUUAAUGACUAAAAGGGAAUGUAUGCAUUACAUAUAUGUAUGAAAUGUCUGCAUAGAAUAAUUAAAUUAAAAGUCUGUUUAUAUUUCUGGCCCUUGACAUCUCAGGUAAUCAGUUUUAUUUGACCUCACUGUGAUUCAUUACAGUGCUGGAAAACAAACUGUCUUUUACCCUCACUAAAUUUAGUUUUCUUAUUCUCAGACCUGUCUCUCACCCUCUUUGUACCUCUCUUUCUGUCUUCUCACACUCUUCCUUAUGCUUUUUUAUAGUUGAUCUUUCUCAGGGACACUCAUCUAGUUUUACUCCUAGAGUAUGUGUGCACAUUUGUGUGUAUAUGUGUGUUUUGUUUUGUUUUUGGCCACUUUCAGUGUAAACACUUUGAUAGCUUCAGUGACAGCUGUGUGCGCUAAAUCCUAAAACUAAUGGCAAAGCCGUGUGAAAUGCAUUGAAUCAGGGCAGUUGUAAAUUUGUAAUUGUAAAUAGGAUUCUCUAGUUUUAUAAAUGUAUGAUGAUGCAGCUAAGCUGAUUGUUACAUGUUUGUCUUCGCUGUAAAUAUUGUUAGAGGCCUCUUGGUGAAUUAUCAGGUAUCACAUUACCUACGAAAGUACUUAAGAGUAUCAUGUGUCAAUUU